GUGAAGGUGGGUUAUCAAACAAGGAAGAAGUAAUUCGUUCAGCAUUUAGAACGUUCGAUAAAGACGGUAGUGGAUAUUUAGACUCAGAUAAAUUAAGAAAAGCGAUGAAAACACUGGGGGACUGUCUAACAGACAAGGAAAUAGAUGAUAUGAUAAAACAAGUGGAUACAAACGAUGAUGGUAGAAUACAAUAUGAAGAUAUUUACUUCGUCUCCAUGGCAAACAAAGACGAUUAUUAG